GCCGUCAGCUUAUCUGUCUCAAACCAUUCUACUAUCGUAAUCAAAUUAUUUAGUAAUCCUUCAGUAAUGAUUUGUAACUAAAUCGUGAAAUAAUUGAUUUAUAUCCUAAAUUUGAUAAUUUGUCAGUUUGGUUUUGGUUUAAAACUCUAUUUUUAAUAGUGCGUGUUAGUAGAUACAUUCUUAUAAAAUCAUGUAGUUUGCAGCCUUUAUUUUAGUAAACAACCGUUGUAAUUGUAUUUAAAGUUACAAGAUGAAGACAAAUAAUUUCUGUUUAUUGGGAUAUAUCUUUCUGAAUCAACAGUAUGUAAAAGAUUAUCAUUUGGAAUAUGACGAAAUACUUUAAGCUAGUAUGAACAAUAUAAGUGAUGGUUAUAACUCCUGCAUGAUGUCCAUUAAUUUGGACAGCGGUUGCAAAGAACAACUUAAGACACAGUUUGUUACUAGAGAAGGAGUGUAUAAGUUAUUAACUUUGGCUACAUACUCUCGCCCUAAUCGCAUUGGUUACAAUGCUCAAACCAACACUUCUGUCCAUGUAUCAUUUAUUAAUUACAUAGACUCCAAUGGGAAUGAUGACAGGAUAUGUUUUAAUAUUGGAAGAGAGUUAUUUGUGUUUUAUUACAAAGGAACCAAAAAGGGUGCAGACUUGACAAAACCUAUUGACAAAAAGAUUUACAAAGGUAUAAGCCCUACAUGUCAUGAUUUUAAUUCAGUUGCAACUACAGAAGACUCUCUUCCACUUAUAGUUGGUUUUUCGACUGGUUUGAUACAACUAAUUGACCCUAUUAGGAAAGAUGUCAGUGUUUUAUUUAAUGAAGAGAAAAUGAUUGAUAAAACAAAAGUGACAUGUAUUCGAUGGGUGCCAAAUUCAAAACAUCUUUUUCUUGUUUCUCAUGCAAGUGGACAACUUUAUUUAUAUAAUGAAACAUUUAAUUGUGGUACAUCAGUACCAAAUUAUCAGCUUGUAAAAUCUGGAGAAGGGUAUGCAGUACAUAUGUGUAAAACAAAAAGUUCACGAAAUCCAGUGUAUCGAUGGUUAAUUGGCUGUGAAAGUAACAGUAUAAAUGAAUUUGAAUUUUCACCUUGUGGUUUAUACUUGGCAAUAGUAUCUCAAGAUGGGUUUCUCAGGGUAUUUAAUUAUGAAAAGAUGGAAUUAAUAGGAAUAGCUCGCAGUUAUUUUGGAGGGUUUCUUUGUGUUUGUUGGUCUCCAGAUAGCAGGUAUAUUGUUGUUGGUGGUGAAGAUGAUUUAGUUACAGUUUAUAGUAUUUCUGAACAACGAGUCGUGGCACGAGGACAAGGGCAUCAUAGUUGGGUCAGCGUAGUAGCUUUUGAUCCAUACACUUCUACUCCAGCAUCAAUUGAACCUUGUUUGCCAGGCUGUUAUAGACUUGGUUCUGUAGGUCAUGAUACACAAUUGUGUUUAUGGGACAUAACAGAUGAUGUAUUACACCAUGUAACAUUAUUGUCACCAAUUCCUGCUGCACCUAAUAAACAACAAAAUGGUGUCAUAUCCCAUAUCAAACAAAAUGGUAGUACAACUUUUGUUCAAAAACCUAGUCAAGAUCCUAUGCAGUUGAUUGGUACAGCUGCAUGCCCUCGUUUUGAUCAAUGCCCACGUCUUGAACCAUUAGUGUGCAAAAAAAUAGCUCAUGACCGUCUUACUGCUUUAGUAUUUCGAGAGGACUGUUUUGUUGCAGCUUGCCAAAAUGGAUAUGUUUACACGUGGGCUAGACCUGGAACAAUUACAAGUGUCAAUGCUCAUUUGGUGUCAGACCCAAGCACAAUCAUGUCAUCUUUAGAAUUAUCUUCAACGAAUCCCACGUCAGUAGUUUAAAAAAAAAAAAAAAUUU